AUGCAUUUCAAUGAACCAAAGGACCAGUUCUUAGAUGUAAUCUAUUGGGGCCGACAGUUAUUGGCUAUACUUAUGGGUCUAAUUUGGGGUUAUCUGGGAUUGACUGGAAUAUUAGGAUUAAGUUCUUUCGUGAUCUCCAACUCAAUCGCUGUUUAUAUCUAUUCAAUUAAUUUUAAUGUCGAGAACGACGAUGUGAUGCAAGACGUGAAGGAAGGCUUUAUGACAUCUUUCGCCUCAUUCCUGGUGUCGUGGAUUUUGAUAUACUCUGCGCUUUACUUUUAA